GCCCAUCACUUUCCUUCUUCAUGUUUUUCUCUUGCAAAAUAAAUCCAACAAUAUAGCACAUUGGCGGCCCAAGUCUAUCUUGAUGAUUCAACCCACCUUUUAUCAAGAAGCAAGGGACCAACUGGGAUUUUCCCUCAGGUACGGCUAGCCCACUCUUCUGUCCACUUGGUUGGCUCAACAAAACUCGACCCAAAGAGAGCUAAGGAACUUCUCCUUCACUUCCAGCCCGUAACCCAAAUAUUCCAAUCCUCCCGACCAAUUGAAACAGUUGGACAAAAUUAGUUUCAUCUGCGGGUUGUUCUGCCUAACUCGAGCUCGAGCAUAGUUGAACCUAGCACCUACCCAUCAAGCCGGACGAUCCUCUCAGCAGGCUCUCGGUCCACAGACUCUGGAUGCUUAGCAAUGCGACCUAGGGUUGCGAGGGAGAUGAAACCUUUGCUUUCCUCCUUGCCCUUAAUCGUCUUCGCUUCAUCCUCUGUCGGCAGCAUCGUCAUCCUCUCCUCGGUCGACGGCCAGGAUAGCGGCAGCGCUAAUCGCGGAACCCAUGCGCGAUCCGCCUAGCCGGCAAGGAAACCCAACUACCCAGUUCUGCUUUGUGUCGUCGCUCUCCGCGAAACUCUUUUUCUGGUGACUUCUUCUUCAGCGAGCAGCCUGCUGUCGCCAGAUCCAUCACCUACUCUUCCUCCAGUGAUCCUUUUCAUCAUCGCCCUUCAUCUCCAACCCAUACCUUAAUGCCACUAGUGAAGCCACCAACGAUCGUAGGUUGCCUCGCCCGAAUCGCGCUUUCGACGUGCAAAUUCGACCGCUCUUCGUCGCCUCCUUCACCGACAACUCCUUCGCCCUCUUCCCCUGCAACUGGGGCUAGUCAUCAAUUGAGAAAGCGAGAUAGACGUCGACCUCCUCAUUGGCCGGUGAUUCUUCCUCAUCUUUCCUCAUCGAUGCGCCCUCUAGGCAAUGGCUUCGAAGAGGUUUCAGAGCCACAAUGCAAACUCGUGGUCCCUCAUCCUGACUGUAGUUGUCGUGAUGAGAUUCGCUGAUAUGACCCUAAUUAACCCCUUGAUCAAGGUUGAAUUGCUUUCCAAAGGAUCCAUCCAUGUUGGAAGGAAAAAGGAAGAAUUUGGCUAAGUGUUCAACCCGUUUUAUGGUGCUUACUAUGGAGGUUAAUAUCUUACAUUCUAGUCAAUGGAAAUGAAAGAGGAAGGUUGGAAAGUGAAGAGCAAGAGUUUGUUUACAAUGAAUGGUUGGUUGCUCAAUUAGAAGCAUUUAAGUGCAUGAACAAGAGGGUCCAAGUUGCUAUGAAGAAACUGGGAAAUGCCUGAUUUUGGUCAAGUCUGAAAAACCGUUCGAGAUGCUUACUUCGAGGGCUUAUUUGAGACGACUGGGUUACAUUCAAAGGAAACUGGGAGUUAAAAAUUUAAGCUGGUGACUUGGAGAAGAAAAUACCUAAGCCAGAUUGGUUCGAAGCUCCUUGGAAAGCUUCGAACGAAAGCCUCAAAGUAGCUAUGGAGGCUGAGUUUCCUUACUUGCGCAUGAAGGUAGCAACUUGUGUACUAAGCAACCAAGCAUUCUUUCCUUUUCUAGUUUGGAUUUAUGUUUCCUUGUUAGAGUUAGAGCUAGAUUUGAUUCCUUGUUUGUUUAGAAGUCGAUUUUAGUUUGUUGAUUGCUAUUCAAAGGCUUAAUUAAGAGCCUAGAUGUAA